AUGGCACUACCUGAGGAAGUCAUAAAAAGAAUGGUUGAGGAUUUGAGAAGAUACAACAUGCAGGAGUUAGAAGAAAUAAAGGAGAGCGACGAGAAUUUGAAGCAUUUUGUCAAUCACCAUCGAAUGGAAUUGCAGUAAGUUCUAGGGAAAAUUGGGAAUUGAAGAAUUAGGAACUUGGUUUGACUUUUUUUGAGAAAGAAUUUGAGAAAUUUUGAACAUCGGAAAUUAAAAGAAAAUUGAACAAAAAAAAAAAAUAAAUUUUUUGAAAUACAGUAAUUCUGAAAAAAUGACUUUUUUUGAGAAGAAUAUAUUUUAAAAAAAAUUAAAAAAUCGGAACAAAAAAUCAAUAAUUUUUUUGAGAUAUAGUAUUCCGAAGAAAUUGAGGAAAGUAACUAAUGAUUUUUGAGUUACAGUAAUAUUGCAAAUUCUCCGAAGAAAAAUUUUGAAUCUGAAUUCUUUCCAAAAAAUCAAUAAAUUUUUGAGCAACCUGAAAAAAAUUACUUUUUUGAGAAAAAUAUAUUUAAAAAUAUUUAAAAAAUCGAUAAUUUUCAAAAUACAGUAGGCUUGAAAUAUUAUAGCUGCAAAAUAUUUCAGAAAUUCAAACAAAAACCCAUUUUCUAUGUAUAUUUUCCAUAUUUUCAGACGCCUGCCAAUGCAAAGAUUGCGAAUUAUCAGAGCUGAUGACACUUAUCACUUGAAAUUGGAGAAUAUCCGCACAAAUGCUAUUCGUAACAAUGAUGAUUAUUACGUCGAUUCAGACGAGUUGAGAGAUGAUACUUGCGAAUUGAAUCCAGAAGAAUUGGUGAUUGAUGCGGAAUUGCAAAUUCUUUCAAAGUUGCGUCUUGAUUGGAUUAAUGAGAGAAGAAAGGUUGGUAUUCAUUUGGGGAAUUUUGAAGAUCAAAAAAUAUUCAGAUUUUCAUUUUUUAUUUCCAGGUCACAAUCAAGGACAUUGGCUUCUUGUAUGAACUUUAUGUUGUUAUGUUCAAGCACGUGACACAUUUGCAACUUGAGAGCCACCUUCCAAUGCACCUUGAAUUCAUUAUGGGAACUGUCGAAAAUGCGGUCAAGCUUAAUUUAAAAGGAUCGACAACAACUUGCACUGACACUGAUUUGAACACAUUGACAGCGAGAUCGAGAAACUUUGAGAGUUUGGAGGUUAAUUUGGAUCAAUUUUCGAAUGUUACUCCAACUGCUAUUGCGAAUAUGGUUCAGGUUAGUACUUUUUUUUUGGAAAUUUAGCUUUUACAACCCUGAAAAAUUUAAAAAAGAAAGCUUACAUACAAUUUUUCAGCACAUUGAUUGUGUCGAUGGAGCUCGAAUCGCUAUCCGAAACCUCCCAGAGUACAAAUUCGCCACCUAUGACUUCGUCAUGAAUGCACCACUCAUCACAGAAUGUGCAGUUAAAAAAGAUCAUUGUAUUUACACAAGACACGAUGGAAAACGAGUCAAAUUGUAUAUCAAUGGAGAGGAAGACGAUUCAGACUACUAG